AGGAAACUAUUGGUGUUUACAAACAAGUCUGUACAACACUACAGAAGAAAUUUUCAGAAGGCUUGCAGGGGUUUGGUAAGGGAACUGACGGUCCCUCUGUGGACAGAAGAUUAAAGAAAACCGGAGAUUUUAUUCUUGGUCAAACCUUAGCAGAGAUAGGCAGGGGGUUACUGAAACAGUCGUCCAGUUCAUGCUUAGCUCAGGUUCUAGUCGAGGUUGGAGGCCUGUGUAACUGUCUAGCGCAGAAUCAAGUGAACUACGAUAUAUCAGUAGAACAGAUUAUUGUCGGCAAACUAGGGGAGGUUCUGUCAACUGAUCUUCCUAACAUACUGGCGGGCAGGAAACAGUUAGACAGAUAUAUCUUGGAGCUGGAUACUGCUAAGGCUAGGCUGGAUAAAGCCAAAGAAGAAGAAUUACACGGAGCUCCCGGAGUAGGAGCUCGGAUAGACAGAUUGGUUGAAGACCUGGAUGAUACUGCGAGGAAGGUGGAACAAACUAGAGAUGUCCUGGCAGCAGACAUGUUGGUUUUCCUGGCCCGGGAUAGUGAGCUGGCCGGCAUAGUAGCUCAAUACCUGGAGUUCAGGGGUAAUCUGAACCUGGAUAAUUCUACUCAGAUUGGUGAAAUGAAACCUAGGCUAGAAAUGAUAAGAUCAACAAGACGUGGAUUCCCCAUAUUUGGUUGUGCAUUAAAGGAUCAUAUUAGUUGGUUCAAUCUGGAGAGUGGGAUAGCAUAUCCUUUACAGCUUUGCAUAUCAAAACUGAUUGAACUUGGGUUGGAUGAGGAAGGCUUGUUCCGGCUUGCGGCGGGGUCAAGCAAGGUCAAACGUUUACGAGCAGAAAUAGACGCCGGUCAGGCUACUUUAUCUUCCUUGGAAGGAUGUGAUCACCAUGUUCUAACUGCGAUAAUAAAAACAUAUCUAAGAGAGCUUCCUUCUCCUCUAUUUGGAGGUGAACUGUAUCAGGACUGGUUGGAGACUGCUAAUCUCCAGGGGGAGGAUAGGUUUGAUGGUAUCUGGAACCUUCUCCAGAGUGAGCAUUUACCAAGAGAUAACUAUAGAAAUAUACAUUAUCUAUUUAAGUUUCUGCAUGAAGUUACCAGAUACUCUGAAAAGAACAAGAUGACAGCUUCCAAUCUUGCAAUAGUUAUUACUCCCAAUGUGAUAUGGUCAACCAAUGAUGUCCAGGAUGUGAUGGAUGUUGGUGUUGGUGGUGUUCUUGCCCAGGUAGUUGAACUGAUAAUUCUGCAGCAGAGCUGGUUCUUCCAGAACGAGAAGGAGAUUGUUUGGUCAGAGCAUUUAAAUCCUCUUGGAGCUUGUUCGCCGUCUGUUAACCAUGAAGUUGUUCCUUCCCUAAUGGUAGGCACAACUGUUUAG